GCCAUACACAGACAUGGCACUUUUGUCUUCAGAAUAAUGUCACCCAGGCCCCUUUUGUGUUUUCUGCACUCCUGAAAGAUCUAGUACCUGAUCUAGGCUCUGGCUUUCCCUCAGCCUUGGAGAAAGAGGAGAAGGUCUAUUUGGGGACUGUUUGCUGUGACCAUAAAUUCCUGAACAUUUGCCUUGAACAUGAGCACUCGAAGAGAAGAAUCACAGGACCGGGCCAUCGUCAGAAUAGCAGCUCAUCUACCAGACCUCAUUGUCUAUGGAGACUUCUCUCCAGAGCGACCCUCUGUGGAUUAUUUUGAUGGGGUCCUGAUGUUUGUUGAUAUUUCAGGUUUUACUGCAAUGACUGAGAAGUUCAGCACAGCCAUGUACAUGGACCGAGGGGCUGAGCAGUUGGUGGAGAUCCUCAACCACUACAUCAGUGCAAUAGUGGAGAAAGUGUUGAUUUUUGGAGGAGACAUCUUAAAAUUUGCAGGUGAUGCGCUGCUAGCCCUGUGGAAGGUGGAGCGAAGGCAACUGAAAAACAUUAUCACGGUGGUAAUUAAAUGUAGCCUGGAGAUCCAUGGAUUGUUUGAGACGCAGGAGUCUGAAGAAGGCCUGGAUGUCCGAGUCAAGAUCGCCCUGGCUGCAGGCCACAUCACCAUGUUGGUCUUCGGAGAUGAAACACGCAGCUUCUUUCUGGUGAUCGGGCAGGCGGUGGAUGAUGUGCGCCUGGCACAGAACAUGGCGCAGAUGAACGAUGUCAUUCUGUCCCCAAACUGCUGGCAGCUCUGCGACCGGAGCAUGAUCGAAAUUGAGAGAAUUCCAGAUCAGAGAGCAGUCAAGGUUAAUUUCUUAAAACCACCUUCUACUUUUAACUUUGAUGAAUUUUUCACAAAGUGUAUGACUUUCAUGAAUUAUUACCCUUCUGGUGACCACAAAAACCUCCUGAGGCUUGCAUGCAUGCUGGAGUCUGACCCUGAGCUGGAGUUGUCCCUACAAAAGUAUGUGAUGGAAAGCAUAUUGAAGCAGAUUGAUGACAAACAGCUUCGGGGUUAUUUGUCUGAGCUUCGCCCAGUGACAAUUGUGUUCGUGAACCUGAUGUUUAAGGACCAAGACAAAGCAGAAGUCAUAGGCUCGGCCAUCCAGGAUGCCUGUGUGCACAUCAAUUCUGUCCUGAGGGUCUUCCGAGGCCAAAUCAAUAAAGUCUUCAUGUUUGACAAGGGCUGCUCCUUCCUCUGUGUCUUUGGUUUCCCCGGGGAAAAGGCUCCUGAUGAGGUCACUCAUGCCUUGGAGAGUGCUGUGGAUAUAUUUGACUUCUGCUCUCAGGUUCACAAAAUUCAUACCGUCUCCAUCGGCGUGGCCAGUGGGAUUGUCUUCUGUGGCAUCGUUGGACACUCUGUGAGACAUGAGUACACAGUAAUCGGUCAAAAAGUCAACAUAGCUGCCAGGAUGAUGAUGUACUACCCAGGGAUCGUGACAUGUGACUCCGUCACCUACAAUGGUAGCAACCUACCAGCCUACUUUUUCAAAGAACUUCCAAAGAAGGUCAUGAAGGGUGUUGCAGAUUCUGGACCGGUCUAUCAGUGUUUGGGACUUAAUGAGAAAGUCAUGUUUGGUAUGGCAUACCUCAUCUGCAACAGAAAUGAGGGCUACCCUUUGCUGGGACGUGAUAAGGAGAUCAAAUACUUCAUGUGUACUAUGAAGGAAUUUUUGAUGUCCAACUGCAGCCGAGUCCUAAUGUACGAAGGAUUAUCAGGAUAUGGAAAAAGCCAGAUACUUAUGGAAAUUGAGUAUCUGGCCCAAGGUGAGAACCACAGGACUAUUGCUAUCGCGUUGACUAAGAUAAGCUUCCAUCAGAAUUUCUAUACCAUCCAGAUACUCAUGGCCAAUGUCCUGGGUCUGGAUACUUGUAAACAUUAUAAAGAACGACAGACCAACCUUCAAAAUAAAGUCAAGACUCUGUUGGAUGAGAAGUUCCACUGUCUCCUGAAUGACAUCUUCCACGUCCAGUUCCCUAUUUCACGAGAGGUUUCCAAGAUGACCACCUUAAAAAAGCAAAAGCAGUUGGAAGCAUUGUUUAUGAAGAUCUUGGAGCAAACAGUGAAAGAGGAAAGGAUUAUUUUCAUCAUCGAUGAGGGCCAGUUUAUUGACUCAGCCUCCUGGGCCUUUAUGGAGAAGCUGAUCCGGACAGUUCCUAUCUUCAUCAUCAUGUCCCUGUCUCCCUUCACUGACAUACCCUGUGCAGCGGCCAGGACCAUAAUGAAGAACAGACACACCACCUACGUCACCCUUGGAGCCGUGCAGCCUAAGGACAUCCGCAACAAGGUCUGCCUAGACCUCAACGUCAGGGGCAUCCCCAAAGAACUGGACACGUACCUGGUGGAGGGAAGCUGUGGGAUUCCAUUUUACUGUGAAGAAUUGCUAAAAAACCUUGACCAUCACAGGGUACUUGUUUUCCAACCGAUGGAGUCUGAGGAAAAGACCAAUAUGACCUGGAAUAACCUGUUCAAGAAUUUUAGUAGGCCAACCGAGGAAUUAAAAAUAUUUACUCCUAAUAAUGAGGAGGGAAUUGAAGAAGUCUGUAAUCUCGCCAGUGGUGUCAGAUUGAAAAACCUGUCACCGCCAGCAUCAUUAAAAGAAAUCUCUCUGGUUCAGCUGGAUAGCAUGAGCCUUUCCCACCAGAUGUUGGUGAGAUGUGCUGCCAUUAUCGGCCUGACCUUCACCACGGAAUUGUUGUUCGAGGUUCUGCCUUGUUGGAACAUGAAGAUGAUGAUCAAGGCCCUGGCGACUCUAGUGGAAUCCAACGUCUUUGAUUGUUUCCGGAAUGGCAAGGAGCUCCGAACAGCCCUAAAACAGAAUGCGGCCUCGUUUGAGGUGAAUUAUCGCUCGCUGUCUCUGAAGCCCAGUGAGGGAAUGGCUCAUGGUGAGGAGGAAGAGCUCCACGAGCUGGAAAGCGAGGUCAUCGAGUGCCACAUCAUUCGAUUUUGCAGGCCUAUGAUGCAGAAAACAGCCUAUGAACUGUGGCUGAAGGACCAGAAGAAAGCCAUGCACUUGAAAUGUGCCCGCUUUUUAGAGGAAAAUGCACACAGAUGUGACCAUUGCCAAAGUGGGGACUUCAUCCCCUACCACCACUUCACAGUGAACAUUCGCCUCAACAGUUUGGACAUGGAUACCAUUAAGAAGAUGGCUAAGUCCCACGGAUUUAAAACUGAAGAAGAGACCACCUUUUCCAAAAUAGAGAUUCAUAAGAAAUCUGAGAUAUUUCCUGAAAAUCUCAGUCCUGAAGAAAUAAGAGAAAAGAUCUUGAGUUUCUUUGAUGUCAUUAUAACAAAAAUGAGGACGUCUGAGGAAGACAUCAUUCCUCUGGAAUCUUGCCAGUGUGAGGAGAUCGUAGAGAUGGUCAUCAUGCCUCUGGCCCACCAUUUUCUGGCUUUGGGAGAAAACAACAAAGCCUUAUAUUACUUCCUAGAAAUUACAUCUGCUUAUCUCAUCUUGGGUGAUAAUUAUAUGGCAUACAUAUAUUUGAACGAGGGAGAGAGGUUGCUGAAAAUGCUCAAGGACGACAAAUCCUGGAGUCAUACUUUUGAGUCUGCUACCUUUUACAGCCUCAAAGGUCAGGUCUGUUUCAACAUGGGCCAGAUGGUGCUUGCCAAGAAAAUGCUGCGGAAGGCACUGAAGCUGCUCAACAGAAUCUUUCCUUACAACUUAAUCUCCCUGUUUCUUCACACCCACAUUGAGAAAAACAGACACUUUUACUAUGUGAAUCAACAGGCCCAAGAGAGCUCACCUCCAGGGAAGAGGAGGCUGGCGCAACUCUACAGGCAAAUCGCGUGCUUCUCCUUGCUGUGGCAGAUCUAUAGCUUAAAUUAUUUUUUCCACUACAAGUAUUAUGGCCAUCUGGCAGCUAUGAUGCAAGUGAAUACGGCCCUGGAAACUCAAGAUGAUUUUCAGAUCAUCAAGGCCUACCUGGACUAUUCACUGCACCACCAGCUGGCCGGCUACCAGGGCGUGUGGUUCAAAUAUGAAAUCAUGGCCAUGGAACACAUCUUCAACCUCCCCCUGAAAGGCGCGGGCAUUGAAAUCGUGUCAUAUGUGGCUGAUACACUGGGCUAUACCAAGCUUUUAAUGGGUCACUUGGACUUGGCCAUUGACUUAGGCUAUCGAGCCCACAGGAUGUGGGCUCUGCUCCGGAAUCCCAACAGACACUACAUGGUCCUCUGCUGGCUUAGUAAAUCUCUCUUCUUGAAAAACAGGUAUUUACAAUUGAUCCAGGUGUUGGGGUGGCUGUGGGACCUUUCUAUAACAGAAGAGCACAUCUUCAGCAAGGCAUUCUUCUAUUUUGUCUGCCUGGACAUCAUGCUUUAUUCUGGCUUUGUUUAUAAGACAUUUGAAGAAUGUUUGGAAUUCAUAUACCAAAAUGAAGACAACAGAAUCCUCAAAUUCCAAAGUGGAAUCCUCCUGGGACUCUAUUCCUGUGUAGCUGUCUGGUAUGCCAGGCGUCAGGAAUGGGACAACUUCCACAUAUUUUCCAGUAGAGCUAAAAACCUAGUGCCCAGAAGAACCCCAACAGCUCUCUACUAUGAAGGAAUCUGUAGGUACAUGGAGGGAGAAGUUCUCUACCUUCAGAAGCAGAUCGAGGGUCAAUCUGAGAAUGCUCAAGACAGUGGAGUCGAGCUACUCAAGAACUUGGAGAGUCUGGUGGCUCAGAAUACCACUGGCCCUGUCUUCUACCCGAGGCUCUACCACCUGAUGGCCUAUGUCUGCAUACUAAUGGGAGACGGGCAGAACUGUGACCUCUUCCUGAACACAGCCUUACAGUUCUCCGAAACACAGGGGAAUAUGCUGGAGAAAUGCUGGCUGAACAUGAGCAAAGAAUGGUGGUACUCAAGCUCUGAGUUAACAGAAGACCAAUGGCUUCAAACCAUCUCGAGUCUCCCAUCAUGGGAAACAGUUGUAUCCGGCAAGGUAAACAUGCAGGAUAUUCAAAGAAACAAAUUCCUGAUGAGAGUUAAUAUCCUGGACAAUCCUUUCUAACAUUUCAUGAAAGAGAACAAAGAUUUCAGGAAGACUCCUCCUCUUGCAAUUACCCAUUAUUACCCUUUCUCUGUAGCUGGCACCCUCCAGGUUCCCGCAUAUUCUCUUCCCUUCCAGACACAGAACCAACUACGUUGGUUUCUUCCCUCCCUUUCUGGAGGGUCAGAAAGGGUCAGCGGGGUCAUGCGUACUCUCUCCUCACUUCACAUAAACUCCUUGCCUCUCAUUUUCAGCUUGACCUGUUCAUUUCGGCCCAUGCACAAUGUCUGUCCUGGGGAAAAAUAUCAAUAUCAAAAUGGUACACUUUGUGGCAGAUACAAUUUCUAGUGAAUCUAUUAAACCGAAAAUGUUUAUUUUUA